UCUCACUCUCAUGUGGUUUAUCCCAGUGGGACAAGUCUCUUCUCAUACAAUCGUGUGCUAUGACAGCCCGUUGCCGUGUCUGGUUCUCACAUACCGCCGGCUUCAGGGGGAGGAAGAGGUGCGCUUUCUGAGGAAAGCAGGUCUUUUUAUUUUUUCCGAUAUGGCUUCAGAAAUUACUUAUGCAGAGGUGAAGUUCAAGAAUGAAUCCAACUCCUCCGGCACCUACUCAGACUCUCCUGCAGCUCCCAAAGAGAAACCCAUCCGUCAUCAAAGUAAGCCUGGUUCCCCCUCGCUGCUUUUCAUAUCACUGAUGGCACUUGUCCUGCUGCUGGCAAUCUCCUUCCUAGCUGCUUUUAUCAUUUAUUUUCAAAAGUACUCUCAACUUCUCGAAGAAAAAAAAUCUACAACAGAUCUAACUCACAAUGAAUUGAACUGCAUAAAAAACAUCCCUCCAUUGAAAGCCUUGCCUAUUGGAAUAAAGGCUAUGACAUUAGUGUCAAUGGAGGUAGACAUGGGUUGCUUGGCACCUGAAGACAAAGUGUGGAGCUGUUGCCCAGAGAAUUGGAAGCCAUUUGGUUCUAACUGCUACUUCACUUCCACUGACUCUGCAUCUUGGAGCGAGAGUGAGCAGAAGUGCUCCAGCAUGGGUGCUCAUCUGGUGGUGAUCCACAGCAAGGAAGAGCAGGAUUUCAUCACCGGGAUCCUGAACACCGCGGCUGCUUAUUUUAUAGGGCUGCGGGAUGAAGGUCACAGACAAUGGCGAUGGGUUGAUCGGACACCUUACAACGAGAGUGCCACAUUCUGGCACAAUGGUGAGCCCAGCAGUAAGGAGGAGAAAUGUGUAAUAUUAAAUUAUCCGAAAAGACUCUGGGGCUGGAAUGAUAUCCGUUGCAGUAAUGUUGCAGAGAGAUCAAUUUGUCAGUUGAAGAGAAUAUACUUAUGA